AUGGAGUCCACUCCGCAACUCACCUGGCGUGAUAAAAUGUCAGUUAUGCCUCCUCAUUCUAUCUGUAGUGGAAAAAUACCGGACGAUAUUUGUGAGGCCACGUCGGACCGGAACCCCAAAAACUCGGAGCUCACGUACAGCAAGCACGAGCGGCACAAGUCCCUGUGCAACACCUGCAACGUCACCCCCGCGGACGCGCCCAAGGGUGUCAAGGCACAUAAGGUGCUGCACCCCAACAAGGAUGUGUUCGUCUUGAAAAUCGGCAAGGCGACCGAUGAGCCCAACCGAACUGGCAAUAUCGAGGUGGAACUGGUGACGCCGCGCGCGCCUGCUCGGCCCAAGCCCCCUACGCACGCGUGCAAGGACAUCCAGUGCGAGGAGCCCAACGCUAACUGCUGCAUGCCCUGCAAGCAGUGCCGCCCGUGCCGGAAGCGGAGGCGAUUCCCGCCCUGUCGGCCCUGUUGCAUGUGACCUGUACCCUGACAUAGUUAACAUCCCAAAUAACUGGAACUUUUUUCAAGUGGUCUGACCGAAAAUAUUUUUUCUUAUUAU